CCAUUUGACUGACUAAUAAUUUAUGAUAUAUGUUUGUCUUUUACACCCGGACUCUGGCUCCAUCCUAUCUGACUCCACACCAGACCCAAGGCUGUUAAAGCGAAUGCAUUUUGUCUUGGAAGUUCGGUGUUCCUUCAUUUGGAUAACAAGACAUGAUGAUGCAGAAGUGAGAAAGCAAACAUUCUAACUCACAGCGAGAUAAGGUGACGCAAACAAUUCCAUUGCUGCAGAGAGACAUUCCACCAGAGCCAGAGAAAGGGGUUAAAAGGCAGAAGCAACUUGAGGAUCGUGGGCUCUUUGCAUCACACCUUCGUGGUGUGUGCAUUGAUCUCCCCAGCUGGUUUUUGGUUUCUUGAUGUGCACGAUCAACAUCCAUGCUUUUUAUUUGCUUUCCCCAUUAUUUUUAUUUUCUUUAUUAUUUCAAUAAAUCGCACAAAAGGACAACUCUCUCAUCUGCUUCUUUAUGGAAAAUUUCCACCACAGAAAUUGGCGUCUACGAACAGGAUCCUGCGGCAGGUCGUCUGGACGGUGUGACCAGGGACGAUAGUCCUGAGGACUAGGGUCGCUCAGCCUCCAAACCUCUACAGCUGUUCUGAGUGGGAGGACUGCUUACCCGUCUGGAUUACCUCUGACGAGAUCCAACGAACACAAAAUCCAACCUCUACUCGGCCCGAACCGAGCGCGAUGAGGGUAAAUCCGGAUCUGGACUCCUUUCCCACCAUCAGCAGAAGAACCGAAGGAGAAGAAGCGCCUGACCAACAACCAGAACAGGGUGGAAGCUCUGACACCACAGCAGCUGGAGGACACAGACCACAGUAUGGACGCCUCACAGACUCCCACAACGUCUGCAGCCAUCACGUUCUGGGCUCAUCAGAUGAACCAGCUACUACAAGCGUGUGUGUCUGACACAGACACCUGCUUAUGACAAUCAGCAAAGGAAAACAAGGACAGAGCAACAGCAGAGAAGACGUGCUCUGACACAGACACUGGUUGAAACAACAGGAGAGGCUUCAGACGUGAUCGGCCCAAUAGAGCUGCAUCUGAGGAUCCAGGAAAGGUCUGUCAUCGAGGAACAAGUGUCCCAUUGAAAGGCUUCACCCACUGGCGCUCACAUCAAACUGAUGGUUGGGGAAGGAGGAAGGUGACGGUUCCUUUUCACGUGACGUAGAAGACAGUACCGCAAACACACACACACAUUUCCACACACGCAAUGAAGAAACACGCUUACAGCUGAUACACGCUCAAUUUCAUGUUUAUGCUUAUCUGCUUGCAAUGAAGAAUCGCUUUUUGCUCAAAAAAAAAAUCCCACAGAGUGAUUUUAAAAUGAUGACAAACAGCUAAAUGACAACUGCUGCAUGACUCUACAGUCUGAUGGGUUUAAACUAUUUCAAUUUGCAACAAAUUCAGUAAUAAAAUCCUCCAUGUUUCUAAAAAGAUUUGUGCACACUAUAGGUUUGUUUGGCCAGACUAUAGAAAAACAAAAAUAAAACCAGACUAUAGAAAAACAAAAAAAGACUAUAGGAAGACUGAAACAGACUAUUAAUGACUAUUAAAGGGAAGACGACUAUUAGAGAGAAGUAAUAAUAAUUACUGUACGUACCAGACUAUUAAAGAAGAACUUAUUCUUUCACUGUCUCGUGCAACAUCUGACAGCAAGACACCUUGAGAUUAAUUUUUGCUUUCAAACUUAUGCGCCAUCCCUGAAUCUCCUAUUCGAUCUAGACGCAAAUGUACAAUUAAAGAUCCGAAAGUAUGAGAUCUAUCUUAAGAUUAUAUGAAACAGAACCCCAUCGGAAACCUAUGGCUAUCAUACAUUAAUUGUCUUUAUUACAUUACAAUCGAAUGGCCGUAGACACGUUGUUAGCAGAGAAAAGAGGCGUUUAUGUUAUGUUUGGAGAGGCAUGUUGUACUUACAUCCUGUUCGUGACGCCAAUUUCUGUGGUGGAAAUUUUCCAUAAAGAAGCAGAUGAGAGAGUUGUCCUUUUGUGCGAUUUAUUGAAAUAAUAAAGAAAAUAAAAAUAAUGGGGAAAGCAAAUAAAAAGCAUGGAUGUUGAUCGUGCACAUCAAGAAACCAAAAACCAGCUGGGGAAAUCAGUGCACACACCACGAAGGUGUGAUGCAAAGAGCCCACGAUCCUCAAGUUGCUUCUGCCUUUUAACCCCUUUCUCUGGCUCUGGUGGAAUGUCUCUCUGCAGCAAUGGAAUUGUUCGUGCCACUUUAUCUCGCUGUGAGUGAGAAUGUUUGCUUUCUCACUUCUGCAUCAUCAUGUCUUGUUAUCCAAAUGAAGGAACACCGAGCUUCCAAGACAAAAUGCAUUCGCUUUACCAGCCUUGGGUCUGGUGGGGAGUCAGAUAGGAUGGAGCCAGAGUCCGGGUGUAAAAGACAAACAUAUAUCAUAAAUUAUUAGUCAGUCAAAUGGAACAUCAGAUGUUUAGACUUGAUGUACGUCAGCACAAGAGAUUAGUUGUUUGUGUAAGAAUGUUCAGUAUUGCACCUAACCAGCACAUGACGAGUGUGUUGGAUAAGAAACAGCACAAAGGCAAAAUUUUUCCAUUACAGAUACACCUCCUCCAGCACUCAGUUGCCAGAUUGUCAAGUCUUAGUACCACAUUCCAGCGUUCUCGUAUAGUCAUCUUGUUUUCUGAUCACGUCCGUCAUUGACCUCUGAUUCCUGCCUGUUCCAUGUCUGUACCUUCGCCUUGGAUCCAGUGGUAUUAUUCUGACCGUCUGACCUCGGGUUUUUGCCUAGCCCUAGUCUGUACCUCUGCCGUGUUAACCUGUGUACCAAACCCCUGCAUGUUUCCCGGACCUGAUCUUGCCUGCCUCUUUUGUGCCUUUAAACUGAGCCUUCACGUGUAUGACCUGGAUCGCCUGACUACGUUUUGAGCAAUAAACGCUUUCUGUUAUCCACACACCUUGUCCGCACUGUGCAUGUGGGUCUGAGCACCCAAUGUGUGUAUGGGUUAAAUGCAAAGAAAACAAUUUCUCUAAGGAUAUAAAUAAAGUAUGUCUUAUCUUAUCUUCAGGUCCCAGUGAGUUCCCACAUGCUUUACUUACUACUUAUGGUAAAGGUCUGCACCUUUGUACCUGAGGCUCAAAGUGCUUGCAAUAUGUGCAGGGACUGUGCUGAGCAGCUCUGUAAGAUAGUCGCACACACCUAUACAACCUGAGCCUGAGUCUGGAGACGGUCCCUGAGAUGUGGACAAUCUCCUGUGUGGUCUCGUUCCCUAAAACACUAAGGAAACAAAGCACUACAGACCAGUAGUGUACGCGAGUAUUGUUUUGUUUCAUUAAUUAUUCAGUAAUAUUGUUGUAUAAGAAGAGCUAUGAAACCAGGGCUUUCACUACGUGAAGUCUCCCUUUCUACCAAAAAUUAGGCUGCAGUGGUUUAGUGAAGCAAACACACAGAGCAAAAUUUCCUGCAACAACAAUUAUCUUUUUCUCUGCUGCUACUUUUUCUCACUAAUGGCAUUCAGUUAAAUGACUCGUUAGACAGAACCAGAGACAGCCGGCAACCAGAAUGUUUCUAAAACCAAAAUAUCCAGCCGUUCCUUAGCUGUAACUUGAUGACACGUUUUAAGCUUCCAGAUCGUCCAGAUUCCUUAACCCAGCUUCCAGAUCUCCUCUCUUAACCACCAUUACUUGCGCAAUACCACUCCCAUCACCCACCUCUGGACUGCAGCUUGUUAUAGCUGGAAGCUUCGGGCUCAGUAAACAUUAACUGCUUCUCAUGUACAACAGAUGAGAGCAGACAACGGCAGAAGAAGGAGAAAAAACGCUGCCAUCAAGCCGCUGUUUGCAGAAAGACAGAAAGAGAAAAGUGCUCACAUGCUGUGAGGUUAGAGACAGAACAAACACGUUAUAUAUUAAAAAUUUCUGUUGAUAUCUGUUUGGCGGCGAUAGUGAGUUCAUAUAAAUCAUCAUAAGGAUAAAUUAUUUUACAUGUAAUGGCUUAAAAGAAAAAUAGAAACACUGAUGUUUAUGCAGUCACUGAAAGAUGUGGCAUAAGUAUAAGAACCGGGUCCGAUCACUGGGGAUCCAAUCUGCUCACAACCUGUCAACGAGCCUUGGGUCUGCUCCUUCACCUCCACCUUAGUUAUGAGGUCAGUGAGUUCACUUCCUGUCUCAGUCAGUUUAUUAUUACUGAGCUGCUCUAACAUCAGUCUGCUUCUCACUGAUGAUGCCCUGAUUCAGAGCCCAGUCCUGCCUCACUUGACUCAACCAGCUGCCUUUAAACAACAAACCCAGUUUGAACGCAACAUUUAUUGUUAUUCACACUGAACUGCGUUUUUACAGCGUGUCCUGCUUCCUGUUGCUUCUUACAAAUAGCGGUUUUGUUUCCUUCAUGCUCAGUUCACCACUGUCAGUAAAACACUGUUUAAACCACAGCAUGACUUCUGCUGAAUUAGACAGUUUCUCUCUUCACCACCACAUGCUACAAUCACUAACAUUUAUCUCCAACAAUGAAAUCUCAGCUUUGAGUCAGUCAUGGAACAAGAUGUCUCUUAUUGUGAAAAUCUGCUCUGGUUUCCUGCUUCCGCUCUAGGUAACAGUUCACCUGUGUCAGGUGUGAAGAGAGUCGUCUUCUCCUACUGUGGAAAACACCUGUGGAAAGUGUAAAUCCAGCAGCAUGAAUCAAUGUGAGGACAGAGAGGAGGGAGCCCCUCCCUCUAAAACUAGAAGAACGGAGAGAAAGAAGCAAGCUCAGAGGUCUCAUCAGGGACAAGGAUGUUCUGGAACUGGACCCAGCUGUGUGUCCUUCAAGAGUGACAGCUCAAAGGACCAUCUAAUUAAUUUCAAAGGCCAACCUGUAUCAGAGUCACAAGUGGACCAGCAGAGCUCAGAGGUUCCUAGUGCUCAGUCUGUCCAGCAGCACCAAACACAACUGGACUCCAUAUUUAUGCUGCUGGAGGAAAACAUUGUCAUGUUUGUGAAGAAGGAGCUGAAGAAGAUCCAGAAGGUUCUGAGUCCAGAUUACCCAGAAUGCUCAGAGAGUCAGAGGGAGGUUGAGGAGGAGUUGGAUAGUGAGGAUGAGGAGCAGAGGAGGAGCAGCAGAGAUGCAUUUUUGAAGAUCACAGUGAACUUCCUAAAGAGGAUGAAGCAGGAGGAGCUGGCUGACUGUCUGCAGAGCAGAUCUCCUGCUGCAGCUAGUCAUCAACUUAAAUCUCGCCUGAAGAAGAAGUUCCAGUGUGUGUUUGAAGGCAUCGCUAAAGCAGGAACCCCAACCCUUCUAAACCAGAUCUACACAGAACUCCACAUCACAGAGGGAGGGACUGGAGAGGUCAACGAUGAACAUGAGGUCAGACAAAUUGAAACAGCCUCCAGGAAACCAGACAGAGCAGAGACAAGCAUCAGACCAGAAGACGUCUUCAAAGGCUCAGCUGGAAGAGAUGGAGCCAUCAGAACAGUGAUGACAAAGGGAGUGGCUGGCAUUGGGAAAACAGUCCUAACACAGAAGUUCACUCUGGACUGGGCUGAAAACAAAGUCAACCAGGACAUACACUUCACAUUUCCAUUCACCUUCAGAGAGCUGAAUGUGCUGAAAAAGCAAAAGUUCAGCUUGGUGGAACUUGUUCACCACUUCUUCAAAGAGACCAGAGAAGCAGGAAUCUGCAGGUUUAAGCAGUUUCAGGUUGUUUUCAUCUUGGACGGACUGGAUGAGUGUCGACUUCCUCUAGACUUCAACAACACUAAAACCCUGACUGACGUCACAGAGUCCACCUCAGUGGAUGUGCUGCUGACAAACCUGAUCAGGGGAAACCUGCUUCCCUCUGCUCGCCUCUGGAUCACCACACGACCUGCAGCAGCCAAUCAGAUCCCUUCUACGUGCAUUGACAUGGUGACGGAGGUCAGAGGGUUCACUGACCCACAGAAGGACGAGUACUUCAGGAAGAGAUUCAGCGAUGAGCAGCAGGCCACAAAAAUCAUUUCCCACAUCAAGACGUCACGAAGCCUCCACGUCAUGUGCCACAUCCCAGUCUUCUGCUGGAUCACUGCUACGGUUCUGGAGGAUGUGUUGAAAAGCAGAGAGGGAGGAGAGCUGCCCAAGAACCUGACUGAGAUGUAUAUACACUUCCUUGUGGUUCAGACCAAGGUGAAGAGCAUCAAGUAUGAUGGAGGAGCUGAGGCAGAUCCACACUGGAAUAGAAAGAGCAGGAAGAUGAUCGAGUCUCUGGGAAAAGUGGCUUUUGAGGAGCUGCAAAAAAGAAACCUGAUCUUCUAUGAGUCAAACCUGACAACGAGUGGCAUCGAUAUCAGAGCAGCCUCAGUUUACUCAGGAGUGUUCACACAGGUCUUUAAAGAGGAGAGAGGACUGUACCAGGACAAGACGUUCUGCUUCAUCCAUCUGAGUGUUCAGGAGUUUCUGGCUGCUCUUCACGUCCAUCUGACCUUCAUCAACUCUGGAAUCAAUCUGAUGUCACAACAACAACCAGCAUCCAGGUCUAAACGGUUUAGAAAUAAGGAACAUGAAUGUACACAGUUCUACCAUGACGCUGUGGACAAGGCCUUACAGAGUCCAAAUGGACACCUGGACCUGUUCCUUCGGUUCCUCCUGGGUCUUUCACUGCAGGCAAAUCAGUCUCUCCUACAAAGUCUGAUAACACAGAAAGGACAUAGUUUACAAAUCAAUGAGGAAAUAGUUCAGUAUAUCAAGAAGAAGAUCUCAGACUCUCCAUCUGCAGAGAAAAGCAUUAAUCUGUUCCACUGUCUGAAUGAACUGAAUGAUUGUUCUCUAGUGGAGCAGAUCCAACAGAACCUGAGAUCAGGACGUCUCUCCACUGAUGAACUGUCUCCUGCUCAGUGGUCAGCUCUAGUCUUCAUCUUACUGUCUUCAGACAAAAACCUUGAUCUGUUUGACCUGAAGAAAUUCUCUGCUUCAGACGAGGCUCUUCUGAGGCUGCUGCCUGUGGUCAGAGCCUCCAACAAAGCUCUACUGAAUGUGUGUAACUUGUCAGAGAGAAGCUGUGAAGCUCUGUCAUCAGUUCUCAGCUCUCAGUCCUCUAGUCUGAGAGAACUGGACCUGAGUAACAACAACCUGCAGGAUUCAGGAAUGAAGCUACUGUCUGCUGGACUGAAGAGUCCUCACUGUCGACUGGAGACUCUCAGGCUGUCAGGUUGUCUGGUCUCAGAGGAAGGUUGUGCAUCUCUGGCCUCAGCUCUGAGCUCCAACCCCUCCCAUCUGAGAGAGCUGGACCUGAGCUACAAUCAUCUAGGAGACUCAGGAGUGGAGCUGCUGUCUGCUGGAGUCAAGAAUCCACACUGGAGACUGGACACUCUCACGUAUGUACACAACUACGCACAGUGUCUGGUGGAGGACCAAGUAGGGAUGUGGAGCUUUAUGAACUUAGAACCUAACCUUGGACUGUGUGGUAAUAAACACAUUCAGACUUUGCUUCCUGUGGUGUUACAUUACUUUGGUGGUGACAGAGUGAGAUUGAAAGCAGAUGUCUGACACCAAAAGUGAUGAAGUGAAACAGAGGAGUCAAAGCUCCAGGAUAAGGAUCCAACUCCUUAGUUGUUGCUGAAUGUCCAUCCCUACAUACAAGCCUCCAUCUGAACACAAUCCUACAACAAUAUGUGUGUGAGAGCCAUGUAAUGUCCAUGUCUGCAUGUCUCUGACCCCCUCCUCCUUUCAGGGUGG